AUGGGUAAAAAGAAUCGUGAGCAUAAUACAACAAGAAAAACAUCAUCAUCAAUUCGUCAACAAGAUCCAACAUUUGAAUAUUUAACUAAAACAUUCAAUCAUAUAGAUGGACCAAUUCAGACUAUGUGUGAUAUUACUCGACCACAUGUCGAUUCAUUUAAUUGGAUGCUUAAAGAAGGUUUAAUGAAAGCUGCUAGUACUAUUUUACCAUUAGAAUUUGAAACAAAUACAAAAUUACGAGUUAAAUUAAAAUUUGUUAGUUUGGAAAUUGCUCGACCUAAAGUAAAAGUUAUUGCCGGCGCAAAUCGACUUAGUCAUUAUGUAUAUCCUACUGAAGCUCGUAUGGGUAAAAGUACUUAUUCGGGAACAUUACAAGCUCGUAUUCAUGCUGAAAUUUUUGAUCAAAAUGGUAAAUUAAUUGGACGUGAAUCAUAUGAUCGAAAUCUUGGUCCAAUACCAGUUAUGGUUCGAAGUGAUGCAUGUAAUUUAGCAAAUAUGAAUACAAAAGAAUUAUGUUCAAAAUAUGAAGAACCAAAUGAAAAUGGUGGUUAUUUUAUAGUUAAAGGAUAUGAACGUAUUUUACGUUUAUUAACAAUGACAAGACGAAAUUAUCCUAUGGCAAUGUCUCGUGGACGAUGGCGACAACGUGGUCCAGGAUUUACAGAUCGUGGUCUUCAAAUUCGUUGUUUAUCAGAUGAUCAACGAGGCAUUGAAAAUACACUCCACUAUUUGGAUACCGGUGCCAUUACAUUAGCUUUUAUGUUUCGUAAAGAAAUGUAUUUUAUUCCUGUUGUUAUGAUUCUCAAAAUGUUAGCCGAUGAUAAUACAUCUGAUCGAGAAAUUCAUGAAAGUCUUAUGCGUGGUAGUUAUAAAAAUAACAGUGCUUUUGAUAAUAAUAUUAAAUAUAUGCUUCGUCAAUUACAAAAAACAUAUUGGUGUGAACAACCAUUAAUAACACGUCAGUCUAUAAUUGAUUAUGUUGGUUCACAUUUUCGUACACGUUUACAACGACCAUCAUGGCAUACAAAUGCUGAUGUUGCUCGUUAUUUAAUUGAUAAUUAUAUAUUAAUUCAUUUAAAAAAUGAUAAAGCUAAAUUUAAUAUGUUAAUAUUUAUGAUACGUAAACUUUUUUCAUAUGUACGUGAUGAAUGUAAAGCUGAAGAUCAAGAUGCACCAUCAAUGCAUGAAAUUCUUUUACCUGGACAUGUUUAUUUAGCAUUAUUAUCAGAACGACUAGAAACAUGGUUGAUAUCAUUGCGUGAAACAUUUUUAAAAUUAAAUAAAAGUAGUAAAACAUCGAAUGAUGCAUCAAUACCUACAAAACUUCGUCUAGCAAUGGACACAAUUGAUAAAGAUCAAAUAGCUAAAGCUUUUGAACAUUUUUUAGCUACUGGUAAUCUUAAUUCAAAAACAAAUCUUGGUUUAAGACAGACAAGUGGUUUUUCUAUUAUUGCUGAACGUUUAAAUAUUCUUCGAUUUAUAUCACAUUUUCGUUCCGUUCAUCGUGGUGAUGCAUUUACUGAAACAAAAACAACAUCAGUUCGAAAAUUACUUCCUGAAGCAUGGGGUUUUCUAUGCGCUGUUCAUACUCCUGAUGGUUCUCUAUGUGGUUUACUUAAUCAUCUCUGUAUGACAUGUCAAGUAACACAAGAAACAGCAACUAAUACAUCUAUCGAAGCUCUUAUUGAUACAUUACUUUCAUAUGGUAUGCGACGUACACCAUCAAUUGAUAUUGAUUGUUAUGAUGUUAUUCUUGAUGGACAAGUUGUUGGAUUUAUUGAUGAUAAUCGAGCAUCAUUAAUUGCUGCACAACUUCGUUAUGAUAAAGUUACAGGAAAUCGUCGUCGUUUUGGUGUAUCUGAAUAUAUAGAAAUUGUUUUAAUUCCGAAAGAAACUCAUGGUUUAUAUACACUUUAUCCAGGUUUAUUUAUUUUUACAACACCAGCUCGAAUGAUACGACCCGUAAUGAAUUUAAUAACAAAAACAACUGAAUAUAUUGGUACAUUUGAACAAGUUUAUCUUGGAAUUUGUAUAACUCAUGAUGAAUUUAUACUAGGAUACACAACUCAUCAAGAAUUAGAACAAUAUAAUUUCUUAUCAAUAACAGCUAAUUUAACACCAUUUAGUGAAUAUAAUCAAUCACCACGUAAUAUGUAUCAAUGUCAAAUGGGUAAACAAACAAUGGGUACACCAUCAUUAGCAUAUAGAAAGCGUAAUGAUAAUAAAUUAUAUUAUAUUACAACACCACAAGCACCACUUGUACGAACACGUGUUUAUAAUCAAUAUGCACUUGAUGAUUAUGCUAUGGGUACAAAUGCAAUUGUUGCUGUACUUUCUUAUACAGGAUAUGAUAUGGAAGAUGCUAUGGUUAUCAAUAAAAGUUCAAUUGAACGAGGUUUUGCUCAUGGUGCUAUAUAUGCAUCGGAAAUGAUUGAUUUACAAGAAUUAGUUACAGAUAAAGUUGAUCAAGGCAAACAUCAACUUGUUUUUGCAUUAGACACAAAAAAUCCUCAUUGGCGUCAUUUAGAUACUGAUGGUUUACCUGUUAUUGGUUCAACUAUACAACCAGAUGAAGUUCUUUGUUGUUAUUUAAAUACAUUAACACAAGAAUAUAAAACAAUACGAUAUCAUAAAAAAGAACCAGCACAUAUUAUGUCAGUUACACUAGUUGGUGAUGAAGAUGGAAAGUUAUUAAAAUCAAAAGCAUGGAUUAUGUAUCGUAUUAUGCGUACACCUAUAAUUGGUGAUAAAUUUUCGUCACGUCAUGGUCAAAAAGGUGUUUGUUCACGUUUAUAUCCAGCUGAAGAUUUACCAUUUACAGAAUCAGGUCUUGUACCUGAUAUUAUAUUUAAUCCACAUGGUUUUCCAUCUCGUAUGACAAUUGGUAUGUUAUUAGAAUUUAUGGCAGGAAAAUCUGCUGUUUUACAUGGUUUAUCGCAUGAUGGUACACCAUUUCAAUUUAAUGAUGAUUAUCCAGCUGUUGAUUACUAUGGACAAUUAUUAAAAGCUGCUGGAUUUAGUUAUUAUGGAACAGAAUCAAUGUAUAGUGGUACAACUGGUCUUCAACUUGAAGUUGAUAUAUUUAUUGGUGUUGUUUAUUAUCAACGUCUUCGACAUUUAGUUAGUGAUAAAUUUCAAGUUCGUACAACUGGUCCAGUUGAUGCAUUAACAAAUCAACCAGUUAAAGGUCGUCGUCGUGAAGGUGGUAUACGUGUUGGUGAAAUGGAACGUGAUGCAUUACUUGGUCAUGGUGUUGCUGGUAUUCUUCUUGAUCGUCUUCUUCAUUGUUCAGAUGAAACACGUGCAUAUGUAUGUACACGUUGUGGAUCAUUAUUAUCAUUAGUUAAAACUAAAAUUGGUUAUGUAUGUCGAUAUUGUUGUGGUUCAUCAACAAAUACUGUACAACGUGUAACUAUACCAUAUGUAUUACAAUAUCUUAUUGCUGAACUUGCUUCUGUUGUGAGUGACAAAGAUAAAAAACAAGAGAAAUCUUCGAACGAUGAUGAAAAUAAAAACGAAACUAGAAUUAAUAUUCCACUACCAUCACCACCGGAUGGAAAUUGGAAAACGAUUCAAGUUGAAGUUUUAUAUGAUGAAGAAAAAUGUGAUUUAAAUCGAUAUGAUUUAGAUACUGUUUAUAAAAUACUCGAAUCAUCACCAAAUGGUCUUACCGAUGAUCAAGUUAAAGAACGUAUCGAAAAAUUUGGUGAAAAUAAAAUUGAACAUAAAGAACGACAUCCAGUUAUUCAAUUUCUUCUUUUUAUGUGGAAUCCACUUUCCUGGGUAAUGGAAGUUGCUGCUAUUGUUGCUAUUGCUUUAAGUAAUGGUGAUGGUGAACCACCUGAUUGGCCUGAUUUUGUUGGUAUACUUUUACUUCUUUUAAUUAAUGCUACAAUUGGUUAUAUUGAAAAAUAUCGAGCUGGUAAUGCUGUUAAAGCAUUAAUGGCUUCAUUAGCACCAGAAUCUCGUGUUAAACGUAAUAAUAAUUCAUGGACAACAAUUGAAGCUAGUCAACUUGUACCUGGUGAUAUUAUUGCUAUUAAACUAGGUAAUAUUGUACCAGCUGAUGCUCGAAUAAUAUCAUCAUUAGGUGGAAUUAUUUCAAUUGAUCAAGCAGCACUAACUGGUGAAUCAUUACCAGUAACAAAAAAAAUAGGUGAUAUAUUACUUGCAUCAACAACAUGUAAACAAGGUGAAUGUGAAGCAAUAGUUAUAUCAACAGGAAAAUAUACACAAUUUGGUCGUGCUGCUCAAAUGAUUGGUAGAUCAAAAGAUGAAAUGGGUCAUUUACAAAAAAUUUUAGCUAAAAUUGGUAAUUUUUGUAUUGUUAGUAUUUCUAUUUUUAUUAUUGCUGAAAUAUUUGUUAUGUAUAUUGGAUUUCGAUAUAGUUAUCGACGAGGUAUUAAUAAUAUAUUAGUUUUACUUAUUGGAGGAUUACCUAUUGCCAUGCCAACAGUAUUAUCAGUUACUCUUGCUAUUGGUGCAAAACAAUUAUCUAAGCAUAAAGCAAUUGUAACUCGAAUUACAGCUAUUGAAGAACUUGCUGGUGUAACUAUUCUUUGUUCAGAUAAAACUGGUACAUUAACACUUAAUAAAUUACUUAUUGAUAAAGAAACAAUUAUUAAAUAUACAAAUAUUGAAAAUGAUGAUAUUAUUCGAUAUGCUACUUAUGCAUGUAAUCGAGAAAAUCCUGAUGCAAUUGAUACAUGUGUAUUAGAAUCAUAUGGUAAUGCUGAUUCAAUAAAUGAUUUAAUUAUAGUUAAAUCAUUUAUCCCUUUUGAUCCAACAACAAAACGUACUGAAGUAACUUAUCAAGAUAAAUCUGAUUCAAAAAUUUAUCGAGUAUCAAAAGGUAUGCCUGAUGCUAUACUACAUUUAUGUGAAACAACAGAACAAGUUGAUAAAGUACGACAAGAUGUUAAUGAAUUUGCUAAUCGAGGAUUACGUGGUUUAGCUGUUGCUUUAUCAAAUGGAAAUGAAAAUUUUAAAUUAAUUGGACUUUUACCAAUAUUUGAUCCACCAAGAAAUGAUACAGCUGAAACAAUUAAAAAAGCACUUGAAUUAGGUGUACAAGUAAAGAUGAUUACUGGUGAUCAAUUAGAAAUUGCUAAAGAAACAGGCCGUCGUUUAGGUAUGGGUGAUAAAAUGUAUGUGUAUGAAAAUAUAAUUCAUGAUAGAGAUAAAUCAUCAAAUAAUGAAGACGAAAUAAAUAAAAUUAUUUAUGAUGCUGAUGGAUUUGCUAGUGUAUUUCCUGAACAUAAAUUUGAAAUCGUUAAAAGACUUCAAGAUAUGGGUCAUCUUGUUGCAAUGACUGGUGAUGGAGUCAAUGAUGCUCCAGCAUUAUCUAAAGCUAAUGUUGGUAUUGCUGUUGCCAAUGCCAGUGACGCAGCUCGUUCUGCUGCUGCUAUAGUUUUAACUGAACCAGGUCUAUCUGUUAUUAUUCAUGCUGUACGUGGAUCUCGACAAAUUUUUGUUCGUAUGACAAGUUAUGCUAUUUAUACAUGUUCAAUUACAAUACGUAUAAUUGUUUCAUUUGCUUUACUUAUAUUUAUAUUUCGUUAUGAUUUUCCACCAUUUAUGAUAUUAAUUAUGGCUAUAUUAAAUGAUGGUACAAUAAUGACAAUAUCAAAAGAUCGUGUUGAACCAUCACAACAACCAAAUGAAUGGCGUUUAAAACGAAUAUUUAUAUCAGCUAUUAUUUAUGGUCUCUAUUUAUCGGCAUCAACAAUUGUUUUUUUUGCAAUUAUUAUUCAAACAAAUUUUUUUCAAAGUCAUUUUGGUGUUGAUACUAUAAUACAAACAUCAGAUAAUGGUUAUGGACAUUCACAUCUUCAUUCAAUAAUUUAUUUACAAGUAUCAUCAAUAAGUCAAGGUUUAAUAUUUAUAACACGUUCACAUGGUUUCUGUUUUACAGAACGACCAACAUUAUUAUUAAUUGCUGCUUUUAUUAUAACACAAUUAUGUGCAACACUUAUUGCUGUUUAUGCUAAUUGGGAAUUUACAGAUAUACGUGGUUGUGGAUGGACUUGGGCAGCCAUUAUUUGGAUUUAUAAUCUUAUUUGGUUUGUUCCACUUGAUUAUAUUAAAUUUAGUCUUCAAGCUAUAUUUAGUCGUAGCUUACAUGUUAUAAAACCAUUCGAACAUAUACAUCGUCGUCUCAUUGCAUCAAAACAAGCUAAAGCAACGGUUUUACCAUUGGAAAUAAUUCAAAAAACUAUUGAUGAACGUCGUGAACAAUUAAGACAAUUAUCACAACGAGAAGUACGUGAAGUAAAACCAACAACAUUCGAUCAAUUUACACAAACUGGAUCUUCUUUUUAUUCACCUUAUACGGAUACAUUAUCAGCUUUAAGAAAACGAGAUCCACUUUUAAGAUCAAUAUCAUUAACUUAA